UCCGUUAGGAUGCCGGUACUUUUUUUCUUUUGAGAGCUCCGCUAAUACAGCUGAUAAACCAGUAGAGCCUCAUCUAGUUUGGCCUAGUAUGCGUGAAGCUCAUGUAGUUCUAUAUGCAAUUAAACUUCCCCGCUUAAAGACUUCUAGGCCUGGAAUCGAAAUCCAGUGCGAUAGCAAUAUACUAGUAUCCCACCCAUGGAGAGAUCUAGGGAUGAUCAGAUGUAGUGCCUGUUCAACCAAGAACGUGGGCCAAAUCUUAUCGAGUUGUACUAGCCUUAGUAAGCAGUCACUCCCUAUUUAGCGUACUGACUCCUGAAUAUCGAACCUCAGCGCAAUCCCGC